AGACACUCCCAGCUCAGGGGGAGAGAGAGAGCUGGAAGCAGCCAAGGCAACGGCAUCGUUCUGGAGCUGACAGAGGCUGGGAAUCCAAGCAGGCAAAGAGAGAUAAGGACACUGGAAUGUGAGAGAGCGGAGGGGCAGCCGAGUGGCAGAGCUUCAGAGAGCAGGCAGCAGAUAUCAAAGAUCCAAAUGCCAAUCUUAGCUCAGAGACAGAAGGGGAGAGGGCAGGAAUAGCUAGCCCCAAAACUCAAAGGCGCGAAAAGGUCAGUGAGAGGAGGGGGAAAGAGCGGAAGCGAAAGGGCUUUUUCCCCUGUUGGAAGAAGAGGAAGGGGCGGAGUUUAGACUCAGCAACUGCAAACUUGGAGUCAGACACGGAGUGAAGGAGCUCCGGAGUGAUUUAUGUGUUUGAGCAAUAAAGCUGAGAUAAUUACUGCCGGUGUCUCGCUUCUGUGGGACAGACAAGCCAUUACAGGCAGGCUGCCAACAGGUCAGAUAGCCUUGGAAGCGUUGUCCACAGACGGUGAGGAAGAGCCAAUCCAGGCGAUCAGUCCUUGAUCUCGGUGUUGGGAACGCCUGAAAGAAGAGCGGAAGGGGGAGGGUGAACGUAGGAGAUUCUGGCGUCAUUUCUGUUGGGGUUGGAGCUCUGAUUCAGAUUAGAGCAUCUGUUGUUGCUGAGAGGGAGUGAGAAGCUUGCUCUGGAUGCCUUAUUCUGUAAAUAAAACUAGCUUGAACUGGCAGGAGUCUUCCUCUUUGCAGAGCAGCUCACGGCCAGAGGUCGUUAUAGGCAGACCCUUUCCCUCAACCUUUAGGGAUCUGGGGGGCUUCAUUUCAGCCCUUACUCCUGCUCCUGAAAGCUUGGCAGAUCUGGAGUAUUUCCUCUUUUAGAAUAAUCAAAUGUAACUUUAACACACUGCAUGAGGAAAGCUUGCAAUUUCAUCAGGACAAGUUAUUUGUUGUUUACUGUUGCAACCAUUGCCUUCUCAAAAUUUAUCUUCUGUACCAUGACAAUAAAUAAAAACAGUGUUGUCCACAGACGGUGAAGAAGAGCCCUUAGUCCUGCUCCUGAAAGCUUGGCAGAUCUGGAGUAUUUCCUCACACAUUGCCAUGACUGAAAAAGCAAUCUUCUUUUUUUUUUAAAUUAAAAUGGUACUGCAGUGCUAAGAAAGCUCAAGAAUGCAAUUCCUGUAGUAUUUGGCAUCUUAGCAAGCCCAAUGCCACUCUGCCAACUGUCUCACUCCCAGCUAACUAAUCUGGAAAGCUGUCCUGUCAUCUCUGCAAGGACUUCAGUGUCCCUUGAAUUAGCACUUCAGCAUUUCUGGAAGGGGAAAUGAUAUACCUUUGUAUAUUAGCAUAAAAAAACAUGCAUGAGAAAGUAUUACUCAUUUAUAAUGAGAAUAUGAUUUAUCGGCUGUGCUGAGGACUGCAGGGCCUGCUCCCUUCCAAGGCUUUUUCCAACUGGCCUAGAGGGCGGGGCCCAGGCCCUCCCCCUCCCAGCUACAAAAGGACUCCUGCUGCAGUGCCUAGAGGGAGGGGCUGGAUUCAUUGGAACAAACUUGGGGAAUUGCAGGCGGGGGGGGGGGUGUUCUACUAUUGCUUCCCUGUUUCAAGUGUCUAAUGUGUUUUAAUAUGUUAUUAAGCAGUUUAUGGCAUUUUAAGUUUUUUCUUCACCCCCCCCCCCCCCCUUUUGCUUUGUUGAGGAUGGGAUGGACAUCUGGUUGGGGGUUAAUUUUAGUAUAAUUGUUGUUGCUGUUUUGUUUUUGCUUUUUAUUGUUUUGUUAGCUGUUGUAUAGUUUGUGUUUUGUUUUAAGGUCUGCCUGGGAGUGGGCCCCAGCCAACAGAAUGGCUGGGGCAGUUUCCACAGGGGGGGAUGCACUGGGUCAUCCGAUCUCAGUGACCACGGGUAGGAGGAGGAGUUACGCUAAGACCAGAUCAUGUCAUUACCGAGGAAGCAGGUUUAGUCGUUGUUUGAAGACUAUCCCUGCCUCCGGGUCUGGUGGAUACUGGAAGGAUACUGGAAUCAGCAAGGGAGACCCACAUCCUAAAGUGCUGCUGUGAAAUGCCAGGUCAAUGACUCACAAGACAGCUGUCAUCCAUGACUUAAUUGUGGAUGGAGGACUUGACCUGGCAUGUGUAACAGAGACUUGGUUGGAUGAAGCAGAUGGGCCUGUCCUUGCCGCUGCUUUUCCACCAGGUUUCUCUUAUGCACAGCAACCCAGGUCAUGUGGGCGCAGAGGGGUGGGGUUGCAGUGAUUUUUAGGAAGUCAUUAGCUUACACCAGGCGUCCUAUUGGGAAGACCCAGUUCUUUGAGUGCAUGUUCUGUAAUGUUGGGCAACAGGAGCAGUACAGGAUUCCUUGAGGUGUACCGACCUCCCCACUGCACCAAGGAUUCCCUGCCCAAGCUGCUUCAGGUCGUGGCAGAUGGAUGUUCUCCCAGAGACACGUAGUUUGGUUGUCCUAGCCAACACAACUUCGCAAGGGGCCGCUUGGGACUUCGUGGAAAGCAUGGCCUCCAUGGGGCUGUGCCUGAAUAAGUUUGGCCCAAAUCAUAGUCACGGACAUGCCUUAGACCAGGUGUUCACCUUUGUGGUUGUGGGUGAUGUGAUGCUAAGUAAAAGUGAGACAAAAGAAGUGCCAUGGUCAGAUUUUGCUAAUUAAGAGGCUGAAAGGAAAAUACCACGCUGUUGCAUGAGAAGAACAAAGGAAUGUUUAUUGUCUUUGCUGGCCAGACAGACAGGCUUGGUGGAUUCACAUCCAAAAGGACUGAGAACCCUCCUGAAGAAGGGGCCUUCCUAAUAUACUUUUCCCUCAUCUGUUAAGACUAUACAUAUGCAUAGAGUACCUUCCAAUCAUUUGGGAUAACACCCUACUAGUGAUUCCAUAUAAGGACUCUGGUUAAUUGCAUAUUAAUUAAGCAAGCAAACAAAGGACUCUCUGGGCACCUUCAUGCCGCAUGUGGGCCUCUUCUGUAUUAUGCAUACACUUUGGUAUGUGGUGAACAAGGAGUAAGGGCAUUCCUGGUACCUUAAGGACAGAAUGUCUCCUGAUAAAAUGGGGCAACUCUUUGGUGCAAGAUUAGCUGCAGGUCUCUAAUUGCCACAGUCAGGUCACUUCCUGGUGCAACUGGACUUCUCCGUGACCCUUCCCCUCUGCAGGGAGGUAGGACUGAUACGGAUGCUCUGCCCCCGCCACUUAAUGGAUCCAAAUGGUUUCCAGAGAGUGGUAGGGGAUGCUUUAUCCCAUGUUGAUGACCUUUUAGCUGAUUCCCUGGUGGCCCGCUGGAAUCUGGAGUUAACCAGGGCUAUCGACUGUCUAGCUCUGAAGCACCUUCUCUGAUUGAAUGAAGCGCAGAUAGCUCCAUGGUUUUCCCUGGAGCUGAGCAUGAUGAAACAAUUGCUGAGAUGGCUAGAGAGCCAGUGGUGGAAAACUCAUUUUGAAUUGUACCAGACACGGGUUAGAGCUCAACAUCAAGCCUACCAAGUGGUGAUUGUGGUGGCAAAGUGGACUUUCUUCACCACCUCUAUUGCAUCUGCAGAAAACAGCAGCAGGAGACUCUUUCAGGUGGUUCACAAUUUAACAGAACCACCUUUGCCAUCGGAGCCUGGUAAAGACCCCAAGAUCUCCUGCAAUGAUUUUGCAAAGUUUUUUGCAGAUAAAGUCGCUUAGACUCGGAAAAAGGUAGACUGCACUGUGGGAGCAAGGCCAGGGCGGGAGAGUGCUAGAACCCUGUCUGGUCAAGUUGUAUGGAAUGAAUUCCAAUCUGUUACCUCCAAGGAUGUGGACAGGCUGCUUGGAUGAGUGAAACCAACCACCUGUCUCCUUGAUCCUUGCCCAUCCUGGCUCAUAAAAGUGAGCUGGGAAGGGCUGGGCGAUGGGUUCUGCGGGGCAGUAUAUGCUUCCCUCUGUGAGGGAGUCUUCCCAGACCCACUGAAAGAGGUGGUCAUUAAACCGCUUCUUAAAAAAAAUAUAUUUGGACCUGGCCAAUAUGGCCAACUAUCGCCCGGUCUCAAAUCUUCCAUUCUUGGGUAGGGUGAUUUAACAGGUGGUUGCUGAACAACUACAAGCAUGUCUGGAGGAUCCGGACCAUUUGGAUCCCUUCCAAUCAGGAUUCAGGUCUCUCCCCCCCCCCCCGCAAAAUCGGCUUUAAACAGUUCCAUAAAUAUGUCAAUCAAUCCAUUGGGGGGGGGGAGGGGGCGUGGCCCCCGAAGAGAAGCUGCUCUGGUCCAGCCAGGAGAGAGGGAUGGGGGGGAGGUAGUUGCACACGCUCCCCACUCCGCCCCAGUUGCUCCCCGGCUCUGGAUCUCCGCUCCCCCCCCCUUUCUGCGCUCCAGCAAUUCAAGCUGAAUUGAGAGACUAGCCGGGAUCUGUUCAGGGGCGCAGGGUGUCGGUCAGGUUGUGCAAAGCGAGAGAGGGCUCAGCUGGGGGACCCAGCUUGGCAAGGGUUAAAGGGAACCGAGCUGCCUUCCUAGAGAGGCCAGGAGGCAAGGGGGGGCAGGUCCUCCCGAGCCAAGGCCCCUCCCUCCCCAGUCCUUUCCUGCUUGGGUGUCUCUCUUGCAAGGGCUGCCUCGCUCUCCCCUCCUGGGAUCUGGUGAGUCUCCUCUCCCCCCCCCAAGGGUGCAGUGGGGAGACGGGGGGGGUCCCAGGGCUGCAGGGGAGGAUGGAUCAAGCGGGGGGGGGGUAAUCCCAGGAGCAGGGUGUCCUGCCAGGGAUAAGUGAGGUCGCACGAGGUUUGCAACUACUCUAUAUUCUGCAUUUGUAUAAAUGCACAGCUUGCCCCUUUGAGGAGGUGUCUGUGGGUCAGAGGGAAAGGGGCUCGCAAAUAAACCCCCUUCAGAUUUAGGAAUCGGCCACGUCUAUUAGCACAGGCUGCAGCCAGGCAGAAAGGUUUGGACAAUAGAUAAAUGCUAGAAAUGGAAAGCAACAACAAUCCCGACCAACGCAAGAAAGCAAGAAAUCCUUUUGGAAGAUGGAGGUGCCGAGUUGAACUGUGGAACUCCCUCCCACAGGAGCAAGGGGGGGCCACCAACCCGGGUGGUUUGAAAGAGGAUGGGGCCAGUUCAUGGAGGAGAGGGCGAUGGGGGCUCCUGAAUCCCCCAGGAGGAGAGCUUGGCUCUUGUUCUCCAGUCCUGCAGGGGCGCAAGGCAGGAGAGGCACCAGGUUGCCCUGUGGUCAGAGGAGCUGGGCCUGAUCCUGGCUGGCACACUUGCGCCCAUUCAGAUAUGCAAGCCCCCAGAGGAUCUUUGGAAACUGAACACAAAGCCCUGCUGAGAAUCAAGGAAGGUCUUGUCAGGAGUUUCAUUCUCUCCUGUGCUGCAGAGUGAAUGUGAUUACUAGAUCACAUGCUCUGUUUGUUGACAUUCCAUUCUUUGGAAGCCUGGGAAGGGAAGGAACUGUGCGCCACUUCUGUCUUCUUUGUUCUGGUUUUUUUUUUUUUUUUUGUUCUCUCUCGGAGGAGAAGAGACACGCCAUAAUGGCUCUGUUCUUUAUUUCGAACCUGUAAAUAAAUCACUAAACCCAGAGGCUACGUAUCCUCAGUCUCAGCUUCUGCUGAGCUCUGCUGCUUGCUUGAACGUCAGGAGGCGUGAAUGUGUGCUAUGCAUUCCAGACCGGUGCUGGGAGAAGGCUGUCUCCCACCCAGAAGCACCAACCAAGGUCUCACCAUCCAAGGCAGGAGAGGACCUGCUGGGAAGGAAGCAAACCUGGGCUGGGGGUGAAAGAGGCAGCUCCCCUCCCUGUGCCCAGUGCUGAGAGUGGUUGGGAGACCCUCUCUCUCCGUCCCAUCCCCCCGACUGAGCUCCCAUUCCUAGGGAUCCCUGGGGCGGGGGUGUCUCCUAGCAACUCUCAGCAUUCUUAGCAAAGUACAGUUCCAGGCUUUUUGGAGGAAGCCAGGACUCUUGGUCGUGGCCUGAUCCUGCUGUGAAGAUGCAGCUCCGGCUGGGUCCUAGGUGUGUUUGUUGCUUUUUUAUUCUCUUUCUGGAAUAACUUUCUGCUGGGGUUUUGUAAACCAGAAGCCUAGGAAUAAUAAAUGAUAAAGAGUGAUAGACCGAGUUUCUCAAGUAGUUUGUACAUCACAAAAAUGACAGAACAAAUUUGUGGCAAAAUCUGCAUCAUAUGUUUCACUACAAGUGGUCUGUGUAUAGCUUCUUAGUUUGUGAGUUAGUUUAAACCAAAACAGAAAGGGGGGGGGAGAACAUUCAGCAUGUUAGAAUAUUUCCGUUCUACCUUAAAAGGGAGCAGGCUGUGAGUCACAGAGUCUGCGUAUUUCCUGUUCACAGGAUGUUUAUGUUUCCUAUUGCUUUCGUUUUUUCUCUCUGUGUCUGGAGACACUGACGCAGGCAGUCAUGUCUUUCUUUGUUCUGAUCAACGCAGAAUAAAACUUGUAAAUAAUGCUCUCCUGGGUGCGACUUUUGCUGUGCAUUAUCUGCUGAUAAAGAGUGUGCAUGAGCUCUGGAAUGUGGCAAGAUAUUUUCUAGAAACUCAUGUCGCUAAUUGCUGAUACUGCGUGCCUACGGGAGAUCGAUGGAUCGUCCGGCAGACGGCUUGGGGCCAUGAUGGACAUUGUCUCCCUGGCAGUAUCCCAACACAGCACCCCACAGCCAAACGUCUAGUCAAGAGCCCUUGUGGAUGUGCUUGGGUUAAAUUGGAGCAAGUCAUUUCCCCCCUUAGGUGGCAAACAAAACAGGAUAAUAUGCUUGUCUGUUGAGGAACCUGGGAGACGGGUUCAAAUAGAAUGUAAUGAUUUUUGUUGGAAUUCAAAUUUAGAUGAAUCAGAUUACACCAAAUGAUAACGGGGAGUGUGUGUGUAUUUUCUUGGGCCUUUAUUCUCCCCCCACGUUAGACUUCAGGGAACAUGUUGGAUCCACGAGUACCCCAAGAUUACCAAGAAAAAGGGACCCCACCCCAGUAAACCCCCACUCCUACCUCCAGUUGUCUGCAAAUUUGGCAUUGUACUUUCCUGGGUAGAAUCUGGGCUGUGGUACAGUCUUACCCUGGAUACUACCAAGUCUCAUACAAACUUGCUCAGGGAACCAUUUUUCUUCUCCUUAUGGUGCAUCAGCAUUAUAACAAAACAAUGUAUUUGCUUUGUAGGAUUUGCUAGCACCUCAUUAGCACAGGCAGAACUUGGCAGAAGACCAAAGGGUUCCUUUCAAUCUCUUAGAGACUUCCUGAGAGCACAGAUGGAUCAGCAAGACUCAGCUGACCCUGGAACAGGAAGAGGCCAUGUCAUCCAAACUGGUAGCAGUGGGGGAUUCUGGGAAAACUCUGUGCAGAAGAUCUUGGGUGAAGAGGAUGCCCUCCGCUCAGAGGUGCAGAGCCAGCAGUUGAGGCAGUUCUGCUGCCAGGAGGCCAAAGGACCCCGAGAGGUUUGCAGCCGACUCUACCACUUUUGCCACCAGUGGCUGAAGCCAGAAAGGCACACGAAAGCUGAGAUGCUGGACCUGGUGAUCUUGGAGCAGUUCCUGGCUGUCCUUCCACCGGAGAUGGAGAGCUGGGUGAGGGACUGUGGAGCGGAGAGCAGUUCCCAGGCGGUGGCCCUGGCCGAAGGUUUCCUCCUAAGUCAGGCAGAGGAGAGAAAGCAGGCAGAGCAGCAGGUGAGGGAGACUUUCCUCUGGAUACUCCCAAGUGGCUCCAAACAGGAUGGAGAACAUCCAAAAAUGGUCUGCUGAUGGCCCAUCCUUUUUCUGGGAAGGCAUCCAUGGAAUGAGAUCUAACACCCUUAAACUUUUUAUAUUUGUCAUUCUCUUUCUAAUAUUUCUUGUCAUUCAUUCUCUGCUUUUUAAUCCUUGUUGUUCUUUCAGAAAAGGGAUCAUUUUGCAGAAAUGGACCUGGAUUCCUGUGAGGCAGAGAGGUCUCCGUUGGACACCAGAGAGAGGCCACUGGGUAAGGAGGAAGGUGGUUUUUCUCCGUUUGUUCUCAUUCUGUUGGUUUUCCAACUAAUCUGAAGGUUUUUUUAAUCUUUUUUUGUGGGGCGGGGACUGUUGGGAACAAGGGUCCAGAGGAGGAGAGAUGUAUUUUUGUACAACUAACAUAUGAAAUGGGCACAAACCUCCAACUGCACUCAGCAGGAAAGGCUUUCUCAAAGGCCCAUCUGCAGUUAGAGAUGCCCUGCUUCACCUGUGAGAGAAGCAGGCAUUAAUGGCGUCCUGCUUACCUUUUUUCUCUUGCAGGAGACAGAAUGAUGCUGGCAGGACCUUCUGAUCCACUUUUUCAUGGGAGCAGAAGGGAAGCAGUGGCUGUGGAACCAGAUCAGGUCAGGGGAAGCUGUCUUGUGGAGACAGAGGCCGAGGGGUGGAGCGACAACACUGUUCUGUCAGAGGAGGACAUUUCCCUUUUUCUUUCAGGGUCCAGUGUGCUUUGAUGAUGUUGCCAUUCAUUUCACGGAUGAGGAGUGGGAGUUGCUGGAUCUUGACCAGAGAGCUCUGCAUAAGGACGUCAUGGAGGAGAAUCGUGGGAUCAUGGCCUCUCUUGGUAAGGCUCCUUGUGGGAUCAUAAUAUCUGUUUUUAAAUUCAAAAUUGCUCUCUGUGAUGUACCUCAUACAUUUUCAUAGAAUUGAACAGCACCCCCUUAAAUCACCUGGGAUUACAAUAUUCCCACAAUAAACCUUGAGCAGCGAAUUAUUAUUUUCCCCCGUGAAUGUUCUUCCUGAAUUUGCAGCUUCUUAUACAAUCAUCAGGCUGGUCUGUAUUGCCUAGGCAAUUUUAAAUGUAAACCUAUGAAUUGUUAGAAGAAGAAGAAGAAGAGUUUGGAUUUGAUAUCCCGCCUUUCACUCCCUUUAAGGAGUCUCAAAGCGGCUAACAUUCUCCUUUCCCUUCCUCCCCCACAACAAACACUCUGUGAGGUGAGUGGGGCUGAGAGACUUCAGAGAAGUGUGACUGGCCCAAGGUCACCCAGCAGCUGCAUGUGGAGGAGCGGAGACGCGAACCCGGUUCCCCAGAUUACGAGACUACCGCUCUUAACCACUACACCACACUGGCUCUCUUCUAGGGAAGUUGUAGUAGCUCCUGUCAGGUUUUCUGUUUUUGUUUUGCUCCUGUCAGUCUUUGGUUGACCAAAGAGAAGACUGAUAUUGGAAAUGGAGGGGAUUCUAUGAUGGAGCCAAACAAAAUCCAUUCAAGAGAAGAGCCAGGCUUAUCGAAUCACAGGUUCAUCUAAGGAUGUCAGUUGAGACUUCCAGUUUGCCGUAAAAAUGGCAAUAGGGUGAGAGUCCAGUUCCUAGGAAUGGACUUGUAUCACCCCGAGGUGUUGGGGUAAAUUGAUCCUUUUCUCAAUUUUCCUUUCCGUAAUAUGUUGUAACUCUUCAUUGCUUGUACAGUCAUAUAUUUAAUCAACAUUUUGGUUUUUUAUUUAUUAAGCUUAAAACUGGCAACUUGUCCAAAUUCCUGAAUCUGAAAUGUCCUUGGUUGUAUUUCCACCUUUUUCGUUCUUCUUGUUAGUUUGCUGGAUGUCUACAUAAGUGUAUUCUUCUAGCAGAUUGAUUUGGCUCCGAGAAAAAAGUAUAUUCUCUUUCUAAUGGGUGUUCAAAUCUCCAAAUGUCUGCUAAUUUAAAAUUUUCCACCAAGUUAAAAAAGGUGGUUGGUGGUCUCCGCUUUUUUGAGUCUGUCUUCCUUAUUGUUUUAAUAACAAAUGUUCAAUUUUAUUUCUUUUUACUUUAUUAUUUAGUCCAUUUACAUCCCAGGUCAAGAUUUCCAAAUCCAUUUCCCAAUUACAUACACACAUAUAUUAAGGGUCUUUUGCUUUAUAAUUCUUGUUUAUCUUCUUUUUCUUUCUCUUCAAGGCCUGGUUCUCCUUCUGAUCUAUGGUCUCCCAAAUCUUUCCUGUACCUUCUCCAGAAUUUUUCGGCAUCUGAUUUGUCCCUACAUCUGUGAUUCUUCUCUUUGUAAGAGAAUGAAAUCCCCUGUGGGAAUUCCCAUCUGUAGGGAAUUGUUGUUUCCCAAAGCAUUCGUAAAGAAUUUAUAAUUGGUUCUCUUCUUCAGCCAUCUCAGUGGUAUUUCUUUCAAUAUGAUAAUGUUCUGUUCCACAAUACGUAAUCUUCUUUUGAAUUUCAAUUGUAAUAUUCUGUCUUUAAUUCCUCUUGAGUUGAAUGUUGUCAAACAGUCCCCUGGCAGAUUUUUUGCUUUUGCGAAACUUGAUUGAAUUCUGAAGACUUUUUCAAUUGUACAAUUAACAACUUCUUGUAAUUCUAGCCAAUUUGGCAGUUCUUUUACCAUUUUAUCUCUUUGUGUCUUGCCAUCUCUGAAAUCCCUCUAAAUCUCAAACCCUAAAAUAUGCAGAAGAAAAGGAUAAAUAUGGAACCGGGGGGGGGGGGAGUCCAUGGGUUUGAGAGAAUGCUAUAUAUCUUACUAUUUAUAUUUAAUUGUCUAUGUAAAAAUUUAAUUGGAAAUCCAAUAAAAAAAUUAAUGAUAUAAACAAUGUCAGUUGAUCCCUGUUAAUAUAUGCAUCCAACCCUGUACUAAAACCAUCCAUCUAACCAAAUUGUUAUUCCUCUAUUACCAGUCUUAACAAGUAUUCUUCAUGAAUUGUGGACUCUCUUUCUCCCAUAGGCACUAAUCCAUUUCUCUCUUCAUUGCAGAUAAUGAUGAACUGGAAAUCAAGAACAAGGGUGACCAGGACAAAAUCCCCACAAUGGAGAAGCCUUAUAAAUAUCUUGAAGGUGGAAAAAGUUUCCAUUCCACUUCCCAUCAAAUAAAUCCCACUGGGAAGAAAUCCUAUCAGUGCAUGGAAUGUGGAAAGAGCUUCAGUCAUAGCUCCCAUCUCACUUCCCAUCAAAGAAUUCAUACAGGGGAGAAACUGUAUCAGUGUGUGGAAUGUGGAAAGAGCUUCAGAAGGAGCUCCCAUCUCACUGACCAUCAAAGAAUUCAUACAGGGGAGAAACCCUAUCAGUGCUUGGAAUGUGGAAAGAGAUUCUGUCGGAGCACCGAUCUCAGUUCCCAUCAAAGAAUCCAUAAAGGAGAAAAACCCUAUCAGUGCUUGGAAUGUGGAAAGAGCUUUAAAAGGACCUCCAAUCUCACUUCCCAUCAAAGAAUUCAUACAGGGGAGAAACCCUAUAAGUGUGUGGAAUGUGGAAAGAGAUUCUGUUGGAACACCGAUCUUGCUUUCCAUCAAAGACUUCAUAGAGGGGAAAAACCAUAUAAUUGCUUGGAAUGUGGAAAGAGCUUCAGUACCAGCUCCUAUCUCUCUUCCCAUCAAAGAAUUCAUACAGGGGAGAAACCCUAUAAGUGUGUGGAAUGUGGAAAGAGCUUCAGUGUGAGCUCUGAUCUCACUAAGCAUCAGAGAAUUCAUACAGGGGAGAAACCAUACAAUUGCUUGGAAUGUGGAAAGAGCUUCAGUCACAGCCACAAUCUCACUUCCCAUCAAAGAAUUCAUACAGGGGAGAAACCCUAUAAGUGUGUGGAAUGUGGAAAGAGCUUCAGUAUGAGCUCGAAUCUCACGACCCAUCAGAGAAUUCACAGAGGGGAUAAACCCUAUCAGUGCUUGGAAUGUGGAAAGAGCUUCAGUCACAACUCCUCUCUCACUUCCCAUCAAAGAAUUCAUACAGGGGAGAAACCCUAUCAGUGCGUGGAAUGUGGAAAGAGCUUCAGUACAAGCUCCUAUCUCACUUCCCAUCAAAGAAUUCAUACAGGGGAGAAACCCUAUCAGUGCGUGGAAUGUGGAAAGAGCUUCAGUACAAGCUCCUAUCUCACUUCCCAUCAAAGAAUUCAUACAGGGGAGAAACCAUAUAAGUGUGUGGAAUGUGAAAAGAGCUUCAGGAAGAACUCUGACCUCACUUCCCAUUACAGAAUUCAUAGAGGGGAGAAACCCUAUCAAUGUGUGGAAUGUGGAAAGAGCUUCAGUACGAGCUCCUAUCUCAGUAAGCAUCUGAGAAUUCACAGAGGUGUAAAACCCUAUCAGUGUGUGGAAUGUGGAAAGAGCUUCACUAAUAGUUCAAAUCUCACUAAGCAUCGCAGAAUUCAUACAGGGGAGAAACCACAUCAGUUGGUGGAAUGUGGAAAGAGCUUCAGUCAGAGUUGUAAAACCCUAUCAGUGAGUGGAAUGAGUUUCAGUCACAGUCACAGCCACAGUCUCGAUUCCCAUCAUAGAAUUCAUACUGAAUAAGCCAUAUAAUUGCUUGGAAUGUAGAAAGAGCUUCAGCUAUAGCUCCUCUCUCGGUUCCCAUUAAAUAAUUCAUACGAAGGGUGGAAAACCCUUCAUUGCACAGCUUUAGGCUGCAGGGAAAAACAUACCUGCUUGUAGCCUUAUUAGACUUUACUGAUUUGUGGGCUCUGCGUUGCUCCGGACGGGAGGAAGGAAGUCAAAUGACACCGAGGGUUGGUUCAGAGAAUGUGUUUAUUCUGCUCUCCGGAUAGCAGAAGGCACUUGUGGGGUCAGUCCACAGCAAGUCCAAAGAAAUGAGAAAUUUCAUGCAGUAUAUAUAUCCUCCAGGCACCCUCUCCCUCCUUCCCCAGGAAUCCAACCACGUCAGCCUAUGUACGCAGGUUGACAUCACAUAUGUUCCUGCUCUGGUAUUCUUAACCAUAAAAGGGUAUUCCUUCCUAUACGUCUGACCAUAAAAGGACUUUCCUGUUCCUACUCUUAUCUUGGAGCAAGAGGUCACCAUCUCCAAGAACAUUCUCUGGCGCUGUUUCCAGACUAGGUCUGUGCGUCUUUGUGGUCGGGACAUAAGAUAAGACCUAGAGUGUCAUCCAUGUUCUACUGGUACAGUCAAGGUCAUCCCUUGCCGUGACUGAUAAAGGAGAGAGUUUGAGAAGGCAAAAAGCUUCUGGGAGAUGAUCUAUAAUGAGUUAAAGAAAAUGCUGAAAUAUACUUUUGUUGAAAAACCAGAAGCUCUCUUGUUGGGAAUACUGGAUAAUGAAAUUAGUAAAAAAGAUGUGAAAUUAGUUUUGUAUGCAGUAACAGCAGCCAGAAUUUUGCUGGCACAGAAAUGGAAACAGGAAGAGAUGCCCACGAAAGAAGAAUGGAGGAUGAAACUGAUGGAAUACUGAUGGAAUACGCAGAAAUGGACAGAUUGACGGGGAGAAUUAGGAACCAACGUGACCAGAGAUUCUCCGAGGACUGGAAGAAAUUUACAGAGUAUAUCAAAAAUUUCUGUGAUGAGCAAAUAACGUUCGCUGGCUUUCAAGAAGCUCUGUGAAAUUACUGUUAGAAAUAUUGUUUAAAAAAUAUGAUGUGAUUAAGAGUAUUUGAGUGCAAUAUAAUAUUGGGAAAUGUGAGACGAGGAUAAAAAAUAAACGGAAAAUUAUCAGACAAGCUGAGGGAAGUUCUGGAAAAAAGGGUUUAAGUUAAAAAUGGAUGUAUAAUUUUGUAAAAAUGUUUUUUUUAAUGGAAAAUCUAAUAAAAAAUAUUUAUUAAAAAAAAAAGAUAAAGGAGAGAGUUUGUUUAUACAGCUGUGUCCUUGUUAUGCAUUUGCACAACAGCUCAAGUUUUAUGCAUUUUAGAGUGCUCUCUUGGGGAAAGAAGAAAAGGGUCAGUUGAGUCAGUUUUAAACUGACUGCACAGAAACCCAUUCCUUCAUGCUUAACCAGGCUUUGGGCUGAUUGACAUCUAAUGCCUUUUUAAAAUGUGGUGAGGAGGCGGGAUGGUUUACAGUUUUUUAAUUAUUAUUUUUUUAUAUUGUGGUUUUAUGUUGAAACCGCCCUGAGGGCAUAGGGCUGCUGUAGGCAAACUCGGCCCUCCAGAUGUUUUGGGACUACAAUUCCCAUCAUCCCUGACAACUGGUCCUGUUAGCUAGGGAUCAUGGAAGUUGUAGGCCAAAAACAUCUGGAGAGCCAAGAUUGCCUACGCCUGGUAUAGGGCACAGGAGGUAACUCUUAGAGGUGGAAAGGUCUUUGUUCCCCCCUAAAAUAUUUGAGAGGCCACCCCCCCCCUUGAUAGGCAUUGCCAUUCAAAUGGCGCAUGCAGCACAUCAUAUAUUUUAUUCAAGUUGGCACCCCUGGUAUAGGGCGGUAUAGAAAUUACUGUAUUUUUUGCUGCAUAAGACACACUUUUUUCCUCCAAAAAGUAAGGGGAAAUGUCUGUGCGUCUUAUGAGUGAAUGCACUGGACAGCGGAGGGAUCCCUCGGCUGCCGCUGCACUCUGCGAGCUGAGGGAUGCCUCCGCAGCCGGAGCCAUGGCUCCCGUCCGUCGCUCGCUGUGAAGCAAGCAGAGCAAGAGCUGCUGACACGCUCUGCACAGCUCUUGCUAUUCUUGCUUUAAAGCAAGAGCCGCAGAGAGACAUGGCUCCCCUCCUCCCGCCUUGCUGUAAAGCAAGCAAAGCACCUGUCCCGGUGUCUCCUCCUCCUCUUCUUGCUCCAGUAUCACCUCGCUUUGCAGCGAGGCAGGACGAGGGAUUGGCACACAAAGUGAGAGCUGCGCAAAGCGGGACAGAAGCCAUGUAAGUGGCUUUCACUUUGCUUGCUUAAAGCAAGCAAAGCGAGAGCCGCUUACACGCUCUGUGCAAAAUCCUCCCCUUAUUUUCCUUCUCUAAAAACUAGGUGCGUCUUAUGGAGUGAAAAGUACUGCACAUAAAUGCAUAAAUAAAAUAAGACCAUAUUGGUCAUUGUCAUUUGCACAUGUUCCAGCUUGUCAACAUCCGCAUUUAUUGCCAUUUUUAAAAUUUAUGUGCCGUUCAUCUGAAGAUUUCACAAUAUAAAUAUACAGGAUGAAAGCAUGGCUUUCUCAAAAACAAGUCAAGCCAGAGAAAUCUCUCCCCCCCCCCCCCCCCCGUUUUUUUUGGAUGGAGUUACAAACUUUGUUGAUCAUGGGAGAGCUGUGGAAAUAGUGCAUCUUGAUUUCAAUAAGGCUUUUGACCAAGUCCCCACAAUAUUUAUGUGAGGAAGCUGGUAAAAUGUGGUCAGAAUGAGGUAACUGUUAGGUGGAUUUGACUGACCAAACCGAAAGAGGACUCCUUCAUGGUUCUUCAUCAUCCUGGGGAAAAGUGACAAGAGGGGUGUUGCAGGGUUCUGUCCUGGGCCCGUUGUUGUUCAACGUCUUUAUGAAUGAUUUGGAUGAAGGAACUGAAGGGGAUGCUCAUCACAUUUGCGGAGGACACCAAACAGGGAGCGGAGGCCAAUGUGGCAGAAGGCAGAAUCAGAUCAAGGGCAGGAAUAGUAUCACUUUCUUCUGCCUUGGUCAGACCCCACCUUGAAUACUGUGUUCAAUUCUGGGCACCACAAUUUCAGUAUCUUAAAUUUUGUUUCCUUGGGGAAAUCAAAAGGUGGGGGAGCACAAUCCACAUUCCUUUUGUAACAAGUGGCCAAUAUUUAUUGAAUACAUAAAUCUUUAAGACUGUUGCUGGAAUCCACCCAGCACUCAUGGGAAAAUGUGGCGUGAUCUUUUAGAGUAAUCAAAUGAAACGUGUAACACACUGGAGGAUGAAGCUCUGCAAUUUCAUCAGGACAAGGUAUUUGUUGAUUACUGUUGUAACCAUUGCUUUCUUUAAAAUUAUAUUUUGUACCAUGAAAAUAAAUAAAAGCAAUUGUUGUUUUUUUUUAAAAAAAGAAGGUGUGGAAAUCGUGUGUGCUAUUCUACAAAUCUUGCAUGUGUUUUGUGUUAUUUGGAGACUGUAACUCCCCGUAAUUUCACAUUAUCUAUGGGUUUCUUUGUAUUCAGCACACAUGAUUGCAGGUGAGACUGAAUAAAACACUUCCCAGGAAAUUCCC